AUGUCUUCAGCUAUCCACGUUAUCGCAGUGUGCUCCAUUGCAGAGGGAAAGGUGGACCGCGUAUGCUAAUCCCAAUGAUAUAUCAGACAAUUUCCACGUGCUGACAAUUUCGUAGCUCAUUGAGCUUCUUGCAGGCGUUUCAAGCACCGUCUCCGCCAGCGAGCCCGGUGCCCUCCAAUAUGAAGUUUUCCAAACCUACGACGUGGAAACCAAGCAACCCAAUGGCGGUGUCACUUUGGUAGAACGGUUUGUGCCUCCGUAAAAUCCUAUUUUGCCUUAUAUUCGAUUGCUGAUUCUCGGCUCUCAAUAGCUAUGUCGACCAGGCUGCAUAUGAUGCGCAUGCGGGCUCUGCGCAUAUGGCUGCUGUUUUCCAGACAUUGGCCGCAGAAGGGAUUAUGAGUGCACCUCCUCAGGUCUCGUACUCGAGAUCCGUUGGAGGGUUCGCCAAGUGUUGA